AUGCAAGGUAUAGUAUUAGGGGUAGCAUAUGUGCUCUUUCAAGCAGCUAAAGCGUUAUCCAGAACAUCUAACACACCUGUCAUUACACAUCGUGUGUAUUUUGAUAUAGCAUAUGCAGGAAAAGAACUGGGUCGAGUAGAAAUGGGCUUAUAUGGUGUGGAUGUACCAACUACAGUGGAAAACUUUUAUGAAUUGACCAUCUCUGAAGACCCAACGAUGGGGUAUCUAGAAAGCAUAUUUUACCAUGUGAACCCAGGUUCAGACAUUUAUGGUGGCGAUUUUAUUAAGGGGGAUGGUACCGGUGGUAAGUCCAUAUUUGGAGAAUCAUUUCCCAGAGAGAACUUUCAACUAAAACAUGAUAGAGGGGGGUUGCUAUCCAUGAUUAAGCGUGGUGAUGGAACCAACGAUUCCCAGUUUUGUAUUUCCAUAAAGAAGAAUAAAAAGCUGGAUGGGAAAAACGUUGUAUUUGGAGAAGUGCUUAAUGGAAUGAACGUGGUCGAAUACAUCUCAAAAGUCCCCAUUGAUAGAAGGGGGAAACCUUUGAAUGAGGUCAAGAUUGUUUCCUGUGGUGAAUUGGAGACAGUUCCUAUCAAGCAGGAAGAAGCACUACGAAUGCAUGAAAAACUGGAAGAAGAGGUUAAAGACCGUGAAGAGUCCUUUAAUCAUGAUGAGUUAUGA